AUGUCCUUCCUCUCCGAAAUUUUUGGCUCACGCAACGUGAUUGCUGAAUCACCACGGGACGUCAAUGAUGGCAUCAAAACGGGCAACGAGUCCGGCAGCGGCGGUACUGCUCAGCAGCGCGGUCACGCAGGCGUCAAGGGUGGCGCCAGCGCCUCGACACCCACGAGCAGGUCGACGCAUACCGAGAGCGCCGAGGAAGCGGAGGUGAAUAAGCAGGAUGCGAAGAAGAGUGGUGGCAGUGGUGGCUCUGGUGGGUCUAGCGGAGGAAGAGAAGGUAGCGGAGGUAGUGGGAUUGAGGCGAAGUUGAAAGACUGUGUCACAUCGAAGGAAGUCAAUCCGGCGAAGAAGCAAUACAGCGAUUGCGUCUCGAACGGGAAGGGGGACUGCACAGAAGAGCUCGUGAAUUUGGCACAGCGCAUCACUAAAUGUGCUGCUCCGGACAAGUUCGACGGCCAGAAAUAA